AUGGGGUCUCAGGUUCAAGAAGAGCUGACAGUGCUCGUCACUGGAUUUCAGCCUUUCCGGUCAGAAUAUCCGAUCAACCCGUCGUGGGAAAUUGCAAGAGCCCUCCCAGAAUACCUCCCACCACUGAGGGCCAAGGACCCAAACUCUCGAAAUGCCGUCGACAUCCCGCCUGUGCGCAUUCUGGUGCAUCCCGACCCCAUCCGAGUCAACUACAAGGUGGUGAGGGAGCUUGUCCCGAACCUGUGGGAAGAGACGUACUUGGGCCGCAAGAUUGAUGUUGUCAUUCACAUUGGCAUGGCAGGGCCGCGGCUCAUGUACCAGAUCGAGAGUCGAGGGCAUCGUACGGGGUACAAGUCUCCCGACGUUGACGGGAAGCACCUUGACGAGCUCGAUGGGAAACGGGACGAAGAGUGGAUCUGGCAUGAUCUCCCGGAUGUGUUGAAGACGGACUUGAACAUACAGGACAUCUGGCAGAGAUGGCAGCAGCACAGCUCGAAUGACAUGGAGCUCCGAAUCUCGGACGAUGCUGGCCGUUAUCUCUGCGACUUCAUCUACUAUUCAAGCUUGGCAACCUGUUACAAGCAGGACAAGGAGAGGAAGGUGAUUUUCUUCCACGUGCCGGCGGAUAGCUCUGAAGCCGUGAUCAAACAAGGCCAAGAACUGGCCGUUAAUCUCAUCCGGUCCAUUGUGGAAAGCGAAGUUGCCAAGAAGCAGAUGGCGACGGAGGCGGCUUCCUAA